CUAUGUGCGACUUCACUUUUGUUUUCAACCUCGAGCAUAAAGGACUUCACAGCACUUUGACGCACCUCACGCUCUUUGUGUGACCCGACGGUGUUUAACGCGACAUUUGACGUUAGGAUACUUUUGCAAGACCAAAGAUGAUUUUCGACAAACUGAAAAAGUUCGAGAUCGUGUUCGACUCGCCGGAGAUGGACUGUCCUCCGGUGUUCUGCAGCGGAGAUGUCGUGUCGGGGAAAGUCGUGUUGGAGCUCUCGGCCGAGAGUAAAGUACAGUCGAUAAAGUUGCACGCGGAAGGUUUCGCCAAAGUGCACUGGACCGAGUCUCGCAGCGCCGGGUCCAGCACCGCUUACACGCAAAACUACAGCGAUGAAGUGGAGUAUCUGAACCGGAGAGAAGUGCUUCUGCAGGCAGAUAAUGAAGAGCUGACGGUGCUUUCCGCUGGGAGACACGAGUACCCAUUCAGUUUCCAGCUUCCGGAAGAGACUCUGGUGACAUCUUUCGAAGGCAAGCACGGCAGCAUCCGCUACUGGGUGAAGGUUAAGCUGCAUCGUCCGUGGGCCACGGUGAAGAAGAUCAAGAAAGAGUUCACAGUCAUCGAGCCCAUCGACAUCAACACACCCAGUUUACUGGCUCCUCAAGCAGGAACAAAAGAGAAGAUGGCCCGCAUCUGGUACCGAAACUGUGGCCAGGUGUCCAUCACUGCAAAGAUAGACCGCAAGGGCUACACACCAGGGGAAGUCAUUCCGGUCUUCGCAGAGUUCGAUAACGGCACCUCACGAUCCGUGAUGCCUAAAGCGUACAUCACGCAGAAGCAGACUUUCAUUGCCAGGGGAACUAUGAAACAGAAACUCGCUGUGGUUGCAACGCUAUGCGGUGACAUAGUCGGCGCUCGCCGCAGGGAGACGUGGCACGGUCGAGCCAUCAAAAUCCCCCCAGUCGGCCCCUCCAUCCUGCAAUGUCGCAUCAUCAAAGUUGAAUACAUGCUCCGGGUGUGCGUGGACGUUCCUGGGACGUCUAAGCUUUCUCUUGAGCUUCCGCUUGUAAUGGGCACCAUCCCCCUCCAUCCGUUCGGCAGUCGCACGUCCAGCGUCAGCAGCCAGUACAGCAUGAACAUGGAAUGGUUUCGCAUGGCCAUCCCCGAGCAACCCGAGCCUCCUCCGGAGUACAGUUCUGUCGUCACGGAUGAGCAAAACAUCCAAAGCCGCACAGCGGAUCGACAAGAGGAAGACCUUAGUUCGGUUCUGGAGCGCCCCCUUAUGGCCUACGUCCAAGAGUUCAGAUUACGCCCCCCUCCGGUGUACUGCGAGGUGGAUCCGAACCCUCAACCCUUGUCCAUGCGUCCUCGCUGCAUGACCUGUUGAACACUCUGCUAGCCGAGCAUCGCGUGAUGUUUGAAAAAAAGUUUUGAUUCUACCGGACGAUUCUCUGAGACUGAGAUCGAUUCGAGCUGUUCACAUCCUUAUAGACCAUGCGUGGCUCCUGCAGAGGGCCAUAGCGAGGAGAUGUCCGGACUGGGCGAGGCGGCGCGCUUUCAUAAUAACAAAGAGGACAUUCAGGGCCGGGCUAAUAAAGCCCGUGCCGGUGUCCCGAAGAGCGAUCGGAUUCCGGUUUGUGCCUAGAACGGAUUUCGUAAAAUUUGGAGGUGAUGAUGAGUGAACUAGAGAACCCUCUUUGCAGAAGCCAUUCAGGAUGCUGCACAUAGUACCUUGCCUAAUAAUGCGAAAGUUGGUUUCCUGUAAAUAAGGUGGUGACUCUCUCUUACCCUUUAGAGAGCCGCGUGAUGCCUCGAAACGUACAGCCGCCCCACAACGCUUUCACAUUUGUGCUGAUUCAAGCCAAAGAGAUUCUGAUGUACAGGUCGAAAUGCUUCAAUAUCUGUGUGCGUUGGAAAUUCUAUGCAGAAGGGAAAACUAAAGCUUUGUCUGUGAGGAGAUUGCACAUGGAAAUCCUGCUCUUUCCCUUUUGGUAAAAAACACCUCCCGUCCAGUUUAAUCUGGGUGUAAGGCUUUUAUGUGGUUCGACGGAGGUCGAGUCAAUCUCCUCAAGGGUCUUAAUGUCUCAUUGAAUGUAACACAAGGCCAAAGGCAUAUGUAUAAGCACAGAUAACUUUACUUUAGAUGUGGGUUUUUUUUGGCAUUUUCGCCAGUGGCUUGAGACAACUCGCAAUGUUAUGCAGGGCUAGAUCAGCCACUCAGUUUGCUUUACAAACAAUGAGGAAAAAUAUAGAGCCAUGUCUACUCCGAGGUGCCUUUCUGUUGUUUUUGAGGAAAUGAUAAAUGAGUACAGGGAUUAUGUCACGUUAAGCUUUACUACUGUUACGACUCCCGAAAGUGUCCUGACAGACAUUCCAGAAGUUCAAACUGUAUUUCAAGAUGAUGAAUGUUAAUGACAUUUAUUUUUGAAUUAAUGUGUUUUGUAUACUUUUUCAUGUUGAUGAGUAUAUUUUUGCUAACCACUUUUUUAAAUAAAUAAAAAUGGUGAAUAAGAAA